AUGUCCACCCCCGUUGACUUCCUUGAUUGGUCGUCGAUUCUGCCGGAAUUAAUCUGGAAAAUAUCAACCCACAUCAGAAUCCACUCCGAUUACAUCCGAUUCAGGGCAGUCUGCGUGGCCUGGCGAUCCUCAACUCCGGCGACCCCAACCCACCUCCCCUGCCAACUCCCCUGGCUCGUGCUUCCCAGAGGCACUCAACACCACCACCACCACCGCUUUCCCGAUUAUCACCUCUCCUUUCUCAACCUCGUUAAUUACAAGCGCCAUAUCCUCCGCCUCCCGGUUGCCUUCCACCGCCACCGUCGCUGCCGCGGCUCCUCCCACGGCUGGCUGGUCAUCCUCGAAGACUCCCCCUCUGUUUUCGUCUUCAAUCCCCUCACCGGAACCAAGCUCAACCUCCCGCCUCUCUCCUCUUUCCCCCACGUUUCCCGCUUUGACUAUGCCCAAAUCGGCCGCGAGUACCUUCUCCUCCUUGAUGAUAACCUAUCUGUAACUUUUAAUCUGAAGCAAAUGCGGGAAUUUGUCAAAAAAAUCGUUCUUUCUGAUAGCCCAUCUCGCGAUCCUGAUUUUACAGCCGUGUCGAUUCUUUAUGGAACCGGUGAGCUUGUUUUUUGCAAAGCCGGGCAAACUCAGUGGACUGUUAUUCCAGGGAUUCGUAAUUUCAGCGAGGAUGUAAUUUUUCUUAAUGGGUUGGUCUAUGCCUUGAAUAAAAACGGCAGCAUUGCAAUAUGUGACGUCGACGGCGAUUCGCCCGGAGUACUUCGUCUUGUUGAUGCCACUGGCGCAAAUGAGGGAGGUGACACACACUAUUUGGUGGCGGCGCGUGGUGAAUUGUUACUUGUCACGCGGUACUUCGAUCUUGGAAAUGAAUAUGAUACGUUUGAAACUCGUAAGUUUCGGGUUUGUAGGCUGGAUUCAGGUGGGAAUAAGUGGGAGAGAGUGAUGGAUUUGGGGGAUAUUGCUUUGUUUGUCGGUGGAAGCUCUUCGUUGGCUUUGUCGUCCACUGAUUUCCCGGCGGGAUGCAAAGGGAAUCGGAUUUAUUUCACUGAUGAUGAUGAUUGCGUGUACGAAGACCAUACUGGUGGCGGGGAUCAUGAUUUGGGGAUUUUCAGCUUGGAAGAUGGGAGUAUUGAGCGUUUGCCAUGUUAUGCUCGUGAUUCAAUCUCUCGCCCUGUCUGGAUUACUCCCAAUCCCUGCUAA